AUGGUGCAUACUAUGGAUGGAUGCAAAGAGGAAGUCAAUAAUGAAGAAAUCAACAUUGUUGAGUUUUAUGAGAACCUUGUUCUCAUAAAUUGCUAUCAUGCAAUUGAUCAUGAAGACAAUCAACCAAUUCAGAUGUCACAACAGCUGGUUGGAAAUCUCCUUCAAGAUUUUAGGAUUAUGCGUGAUCAAUUUGCAAUUGUUGUAAAGAAUCUUGAGUUUCUGAAGAUCAAACUGAAGGAAGCAAAUGAGGAACUUAUUCAUUUAGAAGAAGACUCCAGACCUUCUAGGAAGAUGCAAAGUCGGCUGAACCCUAACAUGAAAGAGGUAGUUCGAAAAGAGGUGCUUAAGUUGUUAGAUACGGGUAUUAUCUACCCAAUUUCAGACAGUAAGUGGGUCAACCCCUUUGUCUUUGAUGAUGCUUGUUUAGAAGCUUUCGAGAAGCUUAAGAAUUUACUCACUACCGCUCCCAUAGUCCAGGCACCUAACUGGAAUCUACCCUUUGAGAUUAUGUGUGAUGCUUCAUAUUAUGUUAUAGGCGUCGUAUUAGGUCAGCGUGUUGACAAAUUACUUCAUGUGAUUUACUAUGCUAAAUUUUCUCUAGACAUUAGAGACAAAAAGGGUGUUGAAAAUGUAGUAGCAGACCACUUAUCUAGGCUAGUUGUUAGUUCCCCUAGUGAUUCCCUUCCUAUAAGGGAUAGCUUUCCUGAUGAACAAUUGUUCUCUGUUUCCCAAUCACCUUGGUAUGCAAAUAUAAUGAAUUAUCUUUUUACUGGUCGAACCCCUCAACAUUGGGGUAGACAAGAUCGUUCUAGGUUUUUAGCCGAGGUUAAGCAUUUCUUUUGGGACGAUCCUUAUUUGUUUAAGUAUUGUCCAGACCAGAUUAUUAGGAGAUGUGUACCUGAGAGUGACCAGUCCAGUAUUCUUUCCUUUUGUCAUGAACAUCCUUUCGCUGUAGACUAUGUGUCUAAGUGGGUUGAGGCGGUUCCAUGUAAAACAAAUGACCAUAGGGUCGUAAUUAAGUUUUUGAAAGAGAAUAUACUUACACGUUUUGGUACACCGCGAGCUAUAAUUAGUGAUGGGGGUUCACACUUUUGUAAUAGACCGUUUGCUAUGUUAAUAAAACAAUAUGGUAUUACCCACAAAGUAGCUACCCUGUAUCACCCACAAACUAGUGUCGAAGAGGCUGCAGCCCGGAUAUCGGAUUGUGCUGAUGCUAUGCAUUCAGGAGGAAGCAGAAAUAUGUGGCAACAACACUCUGUCAAUGCUGCAUCCGCACCGGUUUUCAAUGAUCAAGCAAGUGAAAAGUGGUAG